GCAAGCGAGCGGCCGGCCGAGCAGCGGGCGGCCCGAUGCCCUCGGGCGCCCCUCUCCGGCCUCGGGACGCCUGUAACCGUCGCGGCGACCGCCGGGCCCUGGGUGCCGGCCCGUUAAUUUCCCCGGCCCAAGCCGGCCGGGCCCGGGAGGUGCAGAGCCUGCCGACGUCAGCCGGGCUUCCCCACCCCCGGGGCUUCCCACUCCUCCAGCAUUCCCGGGAGGGCUCCCGUAUCGUGGUAGCGUGGUGGCCGCCGCCGGGACCCCCGGGAGGAGAGAGAGCUUGGUGUGGGAGCAGCGUAGGACGCAGUCUCCCUCUUCUCCGCCCCCCCCCAGUUAAAGAUGGGGAAACUGAGGCAUUUCGAUUUGCUGUCUUUUUACAGUAUGGACACCAAAUGGCUAAAAACAUGCUUUGGGACUGCCAGUGAAUUUAUUUUUUGCGGUUUUACAACAAACUUAUUGGUAGUUCCCUUUUUUUUGAGUUAAUAUUUUGACGUUAUUAUCACAAUGAGUUCAGGCUUAUGGAGCCAAGAAAAAGUUACUUCAUCCUACUGGGAAGAGCGGAUUUUUUAUUUGCUUCUUCAAGAAUGCAGUGUUACAGACAAGCAAACGCAAAAACUCCUGAAAGUACCAAAGGGGAGCAUAGGACAGUAUAUCCAGGAUCGUUCGGUGGGGCAUUCGAGGAUUCCUUCUGCAAAAGGCAAGAAAAAUCAGAUUGGAUUAAAAAUUCUAGAGCAACCUCAUGCGGUUCUCUUUGUUGAUGAAAAGGAUGUUGUAGAAAUAAAUGAAAAAUUCACAGAGUUACUUUUGGCAAUUACCAAUUGUGAGGAGAGGUUCAGCCUGUUUAAAAACAGAAACAGACUAAGUAAAGGCCUUCAAAUAGAUGUGGGCUGCCCUGUGAAAGUACAGCUGAGAUCUGGGGAAGAUAAAUUUCCUGGAGUUGUGCGCUUCAGGGGACCCUUAUUAGCAGAGAGGACGGUGUCGGGAAUAUUCUUUGGAGUAGAAUUGCUGGAAGAAGGUCGUGGUCAAGGUUUCACUGAUGGGGUAUAUCAAGGGAAACAGCUCUUUCAGUGUGAUGAAGAUUGUGGAGUGUUUGUUGCAUUGGACAAGCUAGAAAUCAUAGAAGAUGAUGACAAUGGAUUGGAAAGUGAUUAUGCAGGUCCAGUGGACACAAUACAGGUUGAACUCCCCCCUUUGGAAAUCAACUCCAGAGUAUCCUUGAAGGUUGGAGAAACUAUAGAAUCUGGAACAGUUAUAUUCUGUGAUGUUUUACCAGGAAAAGAAAGCUUAGGAUAUUUUGUUGGUGUGGACAUGGAUAACCCUAUUGGCAACUGGGAUGGAAGAUUUGAUGGAAUACAGCUUUGUAGUUUUGCAAGUGUUGAAAGUACAAUUCUUUUACACAUCAGUGAUAUCAUCCCAGAUAGCAUGACACAGGAAAGGAGGCCUCCCAAACUUCCCUUUAUGUCAAGAGGCGUUGGGGACAAAGGCUCAUCCAGUCAUAACAAACCAAAGGCUACAGGAUCUACCUCAGACCCUGGAAACAGAAACAGAUCUGAAUUAUUUUAUACCUUAAAUGGGUCUUCUGUUGACUCACAACCACAGUCCAAAUCAAAAAAUACAUGGUACAUUGAUGAAGUUCUGGAGGCUGGGAAGUCCAAGAUCAAGGAGCCUGCAGAUUUGGUGUCUGGUGACGGCCUGCUUCCUGUUGCAGAAGACCCUGCAAAAUCACUUACAGAGAUACCUCCAGACUUUGGACAUUCUUCACCACCACUGCAGCCUCCUCCUGUGAAUUCAUUAUCCAAUGAGAACAGAUUUCACUCUUUACCAUUUAGUCUGACAAAGAUGCCCAAUACCAAUGGAAGUAUUGGCCACAGUCCACUUUCUCUGUCAGUUCAAUCUGUGAUUGGAGAGCUAAACAGUGCACCUGUCCAGGAGAGUCCACCCUUGCCCAUAUCUUCUGGUAACUCACAUGGCCUAGAAGUAGGCUCACUGGCUGAAGUUAAAGAGAAUCCUCCUUUCUAUGGGGUAAUCCGUUGGAUUGGUCAGCCACCAGGAGUCAGUGAAGUACUAGCUGGACUGGAACUGGAGGAUGAAUGUGCAGGCUGUACAGAUGGAACCUUUAGGGGCACUCGGUAUUUCACCUGUGCCCUGAAGAAGGCGCUGUUUGUUAAACUGAAGAGCUGCAGGCCCGACUCCAGGUUUGCAUCACUGCAGCCGGUUUCCAAUCAGAUUGAACGCUGCAACUCUUUAGCAUUUGGAGGCUACUUAAGUGAAGUAGUAGAAGAAAAUACUCCACCAAAAAUGGAAAAAGAAGGUUUGGACAUAAUGAUUGGAAAGAAGAAAGGUAUCCAGGGUCAUUACAAUUCUUGUUACUUAGACUCGACCUUAUUCUGCUUAUUUGCUUUUAGUUCUGUUCUGGACACUGUAUUACUUAGACCCAAAGAAAAGAAUGAUGUAGAAUAUUACAGUGAAACUCAAGAGCUACUGAGGACAGAAAUUGUUAAUCCUCUGAGAAUAUAUGGAUAUGUGUGUGCCACAAAAAUUAUGAAACUGAGGAAAAUACUUGAAAAAGUUGAGGCUGCAUCAGGAUUUACCUCUGAAGAAAAAGAUCCUGAAGAAUUCUUAAAUAUCCUGUUUCAUCAUAUUUUAAGAGUAGAACCAUUGUUAAAAAUAAGAUCAGCAGGUCAAAAAGUACAGGAUUGUUACUUCUAUCAAAUUUUUAUGGAAAAAAACGAGAAAGUUGGAGUACCUACAAUUCAGCAGUUGUUAGAAUGGUCAUUUAUCAACAGUAACCUGAAAUUUGCAGAGGCACCGUCAUGUCUGAUUAUUCAGAUGCCCCGAUUUGGAAAAGACUUUAAACUAUUUAAAAAAAUUUUUCCUUCUCUGGAAUUAAAUAUAACAGAUUUACUUGAAGAUACUCCCAGGCAGUGCCGGAUAUGUGGAGGGCUUGCCAUGUAUGAGUGCAGAGAAUGCUACGAUGAGCCGGACAUCUCAGCUGGAAAAAUCAAGCAAUUUUGUAAAACCUGCAACACUCAAGUUCACCUUCAUCCCAAGAGGUUGAAUCAUAAAUAUAACCCAGUGUCGCUUCCCAAAGAUUUACCUGACUGGGACUGGAGACAUGGCUGCAUCCCCUGCCAGAAGAUGGAGUUAUUUGCUGUUCUCUGCAUAGAAACCAGCCACUAUGUUGCUUUUGUGAAGUAUGGGAAGGAUGACUCUGCCUGGCUCUUCUUUGACAGCAUGGCUGAUCGGGAUGGUGGUCAGAAUGGCUUCAACAUUCCUCAAGUUACCCCAUGCCCGGAAGUAGGAGAAUACUUGAAGAUGUCUUUGGAAGACCUGCAUUCCUUGGACUCUAGAAGAAUCCAAGGCUGUGCACGAAGACUUCUCUGUGAUGCAUAUAUGUGCAUGUACCAGAGUCCAACAAUGAGUUUGUACAAAUAGCUGGGGUCAUCUGAGAGGUGAAGAUACUGAAAGCAAAAUUUUAAUGUUGCAUUUUACUCGAGCUGGCAGUUUUGUGCACCAUCCGUUGCCGGCAAUGGAUGUCUUUGUGGUGAUGACCCUUCAGAAAAAGAUUCCUGUGUUUAAAAACAAAUUGCUUUUGUGUUACUGAAGUAUUUAAUAAGAAGCAUUUUGCACUCUAGAAAGUAUGUUUGUGUUGGUUUUUUAAGAAGUCUAAAUGAAGUUAUUAAUACCUGAAGCUUUAAGUUAAGUGCAUUGAUCAUAUGAUAUUUUUGGAAGCAUAAAAUUUUAAUUGUGAAAGUUUAAAACCUCAUUUAGUCCAUUGAAAAUGUAAAUAAAUGUGUCUUCUUUAUGGACCAACGAUAUGAAAUCAUUUUUCCUUUGUAGCUAACGGUUGCCUGGAGGAAGAAGUAAUUUGGUUUUAUUAAGUCUACUUUCAAUCCAAUUGUUAAAGGUGUACUGAGUUUGAUUUGUUAAUUCUUUCCUAUAUAGUGCUGAUUCUUGCAUGUCUGCAAUCUGCUGAGUUUCUGUGUUUCUGCAAUAGUGGUCAGAAAAAUACUUAAGUUCAUUUAAUGGUGUUGUUUUCUAUUUGUUCUGGUUUUGAGAUAAAUGAGUGAUUCUGUCAUAAAGUGUCCAUUUUUGAUGUAACUUUUCUGGAGGAUUAGGAUAUUCAGCAAUUGAAGCUCUUCAUUGAUAGUAGUAACUGUCAACUAACAGGUUUUUUUUUUUUUUAAUAAGGCUCUCUAACUAUUUUAUGGAAUGGGUCUUAGUAAAUUUUAUGAAACGAUUGGAGUUAUAAAUAAAUAUAUAUUCCUAUACAAAUAUACAGCCCAUAAAAAAAUAAAUUUGAUAUAUAGAAUUACUCAUUAAACUUCCCCUGAAGAGAUGAAUUGGACAUUUAAACCUCUAUUAUUUUAAGUAAGACUGUCCAGAACUUAAGUUUGAUCAAUCAGGUGGGUAUUCUCACUAAAUUUAGUUUGACUUCACAUGAGAAAUGACAGUUAUGUAUCAGAUAUUUUAUCGAAAUGUUAAUAGCAGCUUUAUCCUCCUUCUGAUUAAAUAAGUAGAAAAUGUCUGUUUUCUUAGGUAAUAUCCAUCAUAUGUGUAGAGACCACCAUGGAUGUUGUAGACUAGAACCGUAGAUUAUAAAUGUCAGUGCCGUGGAAUGUAUAUUCUCUGAGUGUUGUUUUGUGGUAUUGUUGUCAUUCUGGAAUGACUUCCUAACCAUGCAGAAAGACAGAAAAGGUGUCAUAUGUAUAUAGCAUAUGACUUUAAUGUGAAAAAAAGUGGAAAGAAUCUUUACAAGCCCUACAAUUAUUUUUUUUAAAGGCACUUUUACCUUUUGGUUUUAUCAUUUCAUUUUGCUAAUAUUUAUUAGCUUUAUAAAUCAUAAAUGAUAAUAAGGUACAAAAACUCUUUCGUCUUAUUAUUUUUUCAUUUUUAAAAUGAAAAAGUACAUCCAUUUUUCAUGAGGUUUUGUACUGCUGAGUGCUUAGGUUGGGGUGGUAAGAUGAUUACUCUAUCAGAGGUUGAGGCUGAGGAGCACUGGGCUGUAGGGCUGGCCCUGCCUCCAUCACCCUUGGGUCAAAUGAGGGAUGUGGGAUGCAGGACGUCCAAGGUCUCUUCUAGCUGUGACCAUCCACAAGUCCAGUUACCAUGUAAUAAUUAUGUGUUCAAUGAAGAAAUGGAUGAAUGAGAUUGUCAUGUGAUUUUAAAAGAUCAACUGGAGGAAUAAUUAGGACUCUCUAUAUAGGUAAGACUGGUUUAAAAAUAAAAAAAAGAAAAAAAAAGAAAAAGAAGGCAAUUCCUUUUUUGUAGAAAUUAAAACCAAGUAGGAGUUGAGAAGGAUCUGUGCUGCCCAGGUUCUCAUGGUAGAAGACUGGAAGAAGACUUGUUUAGAUGCAUGCAUGGUUUCAAAGCUUGGGGUGUGGAGGCUCUUUUGAGUGGGCGGGGCCUCAUCCAUGAUUUCUGAUGCCGUUUUCUUCAAGUGGAGCUUUAUGUUUUUUUAAUGUUACUUGGGGGAGGGAGCACUCAGUGAAGGGAUGCCAGGGCCUGGCUCUGGUGGUUCUUGGGGAGGCCUGGGUCCUUGCCUCAUUCCUGAGUUCUAGCAGGCCAGCCGGAAAGCCUUCUUCCCCUACCUGUCCCUUUUGGUUCCCUCUGGGUAGUCCCUUCCUGUUCCUUGUUCCAGAAGAGCCUGGUUUGUCAAGUGGGGCAUAAUCAGGGCUGGGCCAUAUGGUGCAGGUGGCCAAUGUGCCUGUUGAUUUAUUUAACUUUUAGCCUUAAAUUUUUUUUAAUGUUCUCCUGUUGGCUUUCUAAGUGUUUUGGUUAUCCCGUUUUCCUUAUCAUAUCUACAAUCAAGAUAAUAAUAUGGUAGAAUUAUCUUAUUUAUAGCAUGAUUCAUGAUACAUAGCUACAAAUACAAAAUAUAAGAAGUCAUAUUCCCCCUCCCCCACCCCCCCAAAUAAAUACACAUUAACGUGUGUGUGUGUAUGUGUGUGUGUGUGUGUGUGUGUGUGUUUAUAUAUGGGGGAGAAGAAAAGGGGGAGAGAGAGAGGGAGAGAGAGAGAGUGAAAGAGCAACCAUGUUAUAAUAUCAAGGCUAAAUGUGUCUAGUCCUUCACUAUCAGCUUUAUAAAGGAGUUUGACUCCAUCCAUAAAAGAAUGUUUUAUAAGACUGGGAAAACACACUGAAAACCAAGAGAAACAGUAGCAAAAAUUAGUAUAAUAUAGUUGUUAAGUUGCUAAGGAUUUUAUCCUUAAAAUAGUUUAGAAUUUUUAUAAUUCACAUUCGCCAAAUACUGUGGGUAAGUGGCUAGGUUCUUCCCAUCCCUUGGAUUCAUUUAUUUUUUCACAUAAGAGCAAGGGGAAGACAUAGUAAUUAACCUUAUGGCACUUGUGUUGUCACCCACAUUCCUGGUUGUUUGAACAUGUUAUCUUUAUAAAUUCAGGAAUUACUACCCUCUUCAGCUGGAUCUUGAUAUCUAGCUAGAUAAUUUAUGUCUACUUGGAUGAUUGUAGUCUGUAAUGUGAGUAGAGAAUACAGUAUUAGGCCUUAGCUGAGUGACUGCCAACCAAGAAGUAUUUAUCAGACAUUUAUUAGGUGCAUAGGUCAGAGGGAAUAUGAAAUAUGGUCUCUGCCCUCAAACAGCUUACCACCUAACUUAACAACAGAAUAUCUAUUAAUGGUUGCUUAGCUUAAGUGUGAGGGUGACAGGUCUGGGGAAGCUUUGGGAAACAGUGUGGUGUAACAGGAAGAGUAGUGGACCAGGGGACAAGAGACCUGGGUUCUAGCCCUUUCUCUGUCACUUGCUCUGUAAUCUUAGACAUCUUGACUUCUUGGGCUUUAGUUCCUUCUCUGCAUAAUGAAGGGGUUAGAUUAUUGAAUUUUAUAGGGAAAAAAAUGACAAAUUCCUGGGUUCCAGGCCACACAUGCUGUAUCUGACUUCAUGAAGGGGGCCUAGGUAGUCUGUUAGUAUAAAGCUUAGUAGGUGAAACUGAUGACCAGCCAGGUUUGAAAUCCACUGAACUGGAAUAUCUCAAUGGUACCUUCUCUUUUUGUGAUUAUGUGAUCAUAUAAUGUUAUUGUAUUAAUUAUUCUACAUAAAUGGGGGUAAUUGGA